GUCAGGGUUUGUGAAAAAAAAAGCUAUAGUAAACAAAUUCACGGCCGCCAAAUUAUAGCAGCGGGCCGUUAAAAAUGGCGAGGUACCUGAGGCCGCCUAAUACAUCUCUCUUCGUUAGAAACAUCGCCGACGACUCCAGAAUGGUAAAGAUACAGUUCUGGAGAUCCCACACCAAAGAAAGUUGAAAGGCGGUUUUAGAGUAGAUUCAAGCCAAAGACACCCAGGCGACAAGCAAUAGUGGAAUUGGGAAAAUAAAGAGAGCAAAAGCAUGAAGACAAAGAGGAGAAAAGAAAGCAUCCAGGCUUCCAUUUGUCUACCAAAGGGAGGAAAAGCAAAGAGUUUAUUGGGCAAAGACAAGCAGGAAACCUCAAGUUCUUCUGCCAAGACAAUAAAGAUCAAGCUGAAGGUCAAAGGUCAAGCAUGUUAAAAGGUAACAAGCCAAACUUUUUCACAUUUGAAGAUGUCCGGGAUGCAGAGGACGCUCUUCACAACCUGGACCAUAAAUGGGUUUGUGGGCGUCAGAUCGAGAUCCAGUUCGCCCAGGGGGACAGAAAGACCCCUAACCAGAUGAAGACCAAGGAGCGCAGUUCCCCUCGCAGCUCCUCCCGCCACGACGACGAUCGAGAUGGCCGCCGAAGACGGUCUCGGAGCCGCAGCAAUGAGCGACGCAGGUCCCGGAGCCCUUCCUAUGAGCGCCGUCCUCGGAGGUCUGAGAGCCCCAGAGAAUCUCGUUCUUACAGUCGACACAGACGGAGCAAGAGCCAUGAAAAUGAAAGGUACAGAGGUCCUCCUCGUGACCACCACAGGACACACCGUGAACCCGGCUCACGCAGCCACUCUGCGUCCCGCUCCCCUCCCCCCUCCAGACCCAUGCCCAAAGGUAAAAAGAGCCCGUCCCGUUCUCACAGCCCGGCUGAAGACUUCCACCCAACCUCCAGCUCCCAGAAGCAGCCUGUGGGACGAUCUCCGUCCCGCUCCUACUCUAGAUCCUUGUCCCGGUCGCGUUCUCGCUCCAGGUCCUGGGCUGGACGCAAGUCUGGAGGCCACUGACUGUCUGUCCCCCGAACCUGUUAAUCUGUUUCUGUUCAGCUAUGAUAACGAGUGUUAGGAUCUACGUUUGCAUUUGUUUAUCAACACAUUUCGGAGUCUGUUGCCAAAGGGGGGGGGGGGGGGGGGGAAAGAGAGCAGCAGGAGCUGAGAUAUUUCUUUUAGUGAAAGGUUUUGUUCUAAGGUGAUUCAUGACAGCACAGUUGAUCCCUGGUAGGUUUUUUUGGACUUGUAAUGUGGGGUGCUGAAGGCAGAAAAACAUAUUACAGUUUGGCGUUGCCAAUAAUAUUUUUGUACUUUACGUUAGCAAUAUUUACGUUCAUACAUUAGUUAAUGAUGCCGUUCUAUUUGACUUGUGUUGAUAUGAAUAACAUUAAACUUCAGGCCCAACUUACCAGUAUUUACCAACCAUGUUGUCCCCGCUAUUAUACGGCAGGCACACUGUAUACUGUAGUAGUGUUGCAAUGGAUGAGGGUUAGAGUUGCGACCCAAUAUUUUGUCCAGUAUUUUAUGUGACUGUUAAAAUUAACUGCAUUCAUUUCUCAUGUACUUUGUUCAGUGAAUGAAACAGUAAUGCUAUUUCAAGUGUUCCUUAGUACAGUUUAGUUUUACUUGGUAUGCUUUGUCAAUAAAGAAAUAAAUUCUCA